UCUCUCUCUUCCCUCUUUCUCUCUCUAGGAGCCGCUCCCGCUCCCGGCUCUCUCUUUUCAAGUCAAGCUACUCGCUUCCAUUGUCACUUUCACUCAGAAAAGAAAAUCAAAAGAAAAAACAAGGUGAUGAGUAUUGACUGUAAAACAAAAACGAAACCAGAAACUCUCAAGUUUCUAUGUAGUUACGGUGGUAAAAUUCUUCCUCGUUCCAGCGACGGCGUUCUCCGUUACGUUGGUGGUUUAACCAGAGUUCUGGCCGUCGACCGUUCAAUAUCCUAUGCAGAGUUGAUGGUGAAGCUAGGUGAAUUCUGUGGAUAUUCGGUGGAAUUAAGGUGUCAGUUACCAGACGGAGAUUUGGAGACGUUAAUUUCUGUAAAAUCGGAGGAUGAAUUAAAGAGCUUGAUUCUCGAAUUCGAUAGAUCUUGUCCUGGUUCGAAGAUUAGAGCUAUUUUGUCUCCUCCGAAAUCGCUCAAGAAAAUCUCUCCCCCGACAUCCAAUGCUUCCAGUAUCGACUUUUCACCUACCAAAUCGUUUCUCAAUUAUCACCAAUCUCGCAGUUGCUCCCCUCCGAUUGGAUAUAAAGGCCGCUACUCUCCAAGCCGCAGACAAGAAUCGCUGUGUUAUAACCAUCAGUGUUGUGAUUAUUGGCACUAAUACUAUGAACAUUAGAUUAGAAUAAUUAGAUUUAAUUUCCUAAACGCUGGAAUUCGUUGAUUUGUUCAUUUCUUAUACAAAGAAAAGAAAGAAGAUGAUGACUACGACGACAAAAGAGAAAAAAAAUACAUAAAUCUUUGUGUGUUUGGACUUUGAAUUAUAUAAAUCUGAGAAGUUGCUUGAA